AUGGCUCGGCUCACGGGCGUCGCCCUCGUCGCCCUGCUGGGACUGUGCACCAGUGUCCUCGGCGAGGUCGAACCCGAAUUCGAAUUCUACCCCAGAGAUGCACAGCCGUGUCUCUACGAAGCAUCGGACAAGGCCUCCUGCCCAACAUCUUCCAACAAGGCACAGAACGCCUGCUUCUGCUCCAAUGAAUACGAUUUCAUCGUUAACACUGCCAAGUGCAUGGGCAAUGACGAUGCAGACCUCCUGAGCGAAACGUACGACACGAUGAGCCAGGCGUGUGGGGAUUCGGGUACACCAAUAGGGCUAUCAGAGGCCGAGUGGGAGAAAGCCGCUGCUGAGGGAUCAUCGACGAGCAGCGCAACCACGACCGAGGCGACAGCCACCAGUACCAACGAAAGCGCAGCGACGACGACUACAAACAAGAGCGCGGCGACGACGACUACAAACAAGAGCGCGGCGACGACGACAACGACAGAGGAGGACAACGGGGCAGGAAGCCAAGAUGGUAUCUCCACCGGGGCGACUGUCGGUAUCGCUGUCGGAUGUGCAUUAGUGGGCGCAGCUUUGAUGGCUGGCAUUGGCUUCUGGCUUUUCCGACGACACCGUCGCCGCGACGACCCCGCCAGCGCAACGCCUAUGCUGCCGCAACAUGGCUUCGCCGGCGGAGGAGGCACAUCAACGUACACUUCCUCGCCAUACAAUGACUAUACUUAUCAGUCGCCCUCCUCGGCCAGCUACAUGUCACCUGCCAAUGGCAUGGAGGAGGCGAGUCGAUGGGGUACGCCGAGCGCGCCGAGUGAGCUCCCCCCACAAUCCGACACGGGCAUGGCUGUCGAAGUAGAAGGCAGUACAGUGCCGCCGGUCGAAAUGAUGGGCUCCGUGCCCGAGAAGAGCCGUUGA